AUGUCCAUCCCUGCGUUCGAUACCACCUCCUACUCCACCUACACCCAAUCACCCAAUCCAUCCUGGACGUAUGGUCAAAAAGUCGACGCUACUCCUGCCGGAAAAGAAUGGGUCGCAGGCGAAUCUGCAGGAUGGAAAGUAUAUAACACGGCAGAAACAGACAAGGCCGAUCUCUACAAGCUCUUGAUUUCAGGCGUGGUACCACGCCCCAUCGCAUUCGUUUCCACGAUCAGUGAGGAUGGCGUAGAGAACCUGGCACCCUUCAGUUGGUUCAACACAGUCACAAACUACCCACCUAUCAUCUCAUUCGCAGUCAACCACAGCGCUCCGGGCCGCCUCAAAGACACGACCACGAAUUUGAAGAACGGCCAGGGAUUCACUGUCAACAUCAUCAGUGAGGCAUUCGUCGAGAAUGCAAAUGCAGCUGCUAUAGACGCUCCUCCCGACUUUGACGAGUGGACUCUCACUGGUCUGACAAAGGAGAAAUGUGUGCAAAUCAAAGCCUCGCGCGUCAAGGAAAGCGCUUUUAGCAUGGAGUGCGAGCUCUACAAAUCCAUAGAUAUCACCCACCCAGUCACAGGCGAGCACAGCAACACGCUCAUCCUAGCGCACGUCAAAUACAUCCAUGUGCGCAAAGAUGUGCUUACGGACAAAGGCGUCGUCGACCUCACAAAGUUCAAGCCUGUCGCGCGUUUGGGCGAUAUCUCAUAUGCCCGCGUUGGAGAUGCAUACAGGAUCGCCCGUCCAUCAUGGGCGCAGGAGGAGGCUAAGAUACAGGAGGCAUUAAAGACUCCCGCAUCGCUGUGA